GACAAAGUGCUCCAAAGGCAGAGGAGAACAAAGUCUUGGCUGUGAUGCCAAAACCAUGGCUGGUCCUGAUGCUGGUGGGCCCUGCUGCAGCUCUCAUGCUGUCUACGCCCCUGGCCCCGAUUUCUGUCUUCCGUGGAAAGACAGCCUUGCUCUCAGCCUCAUUCAAUUUCUCUUCUUCGGUGCCCAACUACUUCCAAAUCCGAUGGCGUUUCAUCACCGGCCCAUGGCUGGUGCUGAUUGUGAAAGCUGAUAACUGCGGUGGAGACCAUGGUACCUAUCACUGGUGGGAUGCCUGUGAGAUCACGGUUGAGAAAGCAGAGAGAUACAGGCAUCGGGCAGAAUGGUCUUCUGAAGAUGCUUCGCUGAUAUUACAGGAUGUCAGAGUUGAAGAUUCAGGGGUUUACAGCAUCAAGUUGCUGGCUUUGGGUGUAAGACUGUCAGCCAACAUCAACCUAACAGUGAUCAAUGAAACCAGCAGUGUCCAGUCCAACGCUGCAGCCUUUGGUGAUCGGAGAAGAGGAACCUCUCCCAACGAAACUGCCAACACAGCAGCAGACGUGGCAGCUCCUGUCUCUUUGGUGAAGGCAGCCCUUGGCAGAGACUAUACGGUGCCCAAUAUCAUCCAGCUGAGCUUAGCUGGCCUGAUCCUCUGUCUCCUUGGAUUGAUCAUAGCAGAGGCUGGAGGAAAAGGGCUGCAUCAAUAGCCAAGAAUGUUGCUUCCUCUUACUGCACACAAUGAGAGACAAUGGAAUUCCCCUCUCCCCCAUGCUGAGCAACGUUUCCUGACUUGUGAAAAUGCCAGUCAGGUGAUCUGGACAAACAGCAUUGUACAAUUUGCUGAUCUUCUUCAGUCCUUCUUUGCUACGGGGCACAUCCUUGCCUUCUCAGCCACUAAAGUAUUUGUAUGGGAUAGAUGGAUUUAUGCAACAGGGGCAAACCCAUUUCUCUAGGAGGAAGGAUCCUUGAACUCAACACCCCAAAGUCUACAGUUGCAUUGCAUGGUCCUUGCUAUACAUCUCCUGGAAUGGGACUGUAAGCCCACGGCUCACUAGAACAUACACAUGAAUCAUUUUUGGCAUUAACAGCAUUUGCAUGUGCUUGGAAGAUUGCAAUCUUCCAAGGAUGGAGAAGGAUGGACCAGGAAGUUGGAAAUAUAUCUGAGGACAAGGUUGGUCCAAUUCAGGAUUCCAGAACUAGCAAUCCUGAAAAAAUCUACAAUGGUUUAUUUUUUUUUCUUGAACUCCCCUGAAGACGACUUCAAAGCUUUUCUAGCAGCUGAUAUCCCUGGUGAGCAUCUCUGGAGGCCUAUCACUUCAUGUCUCCUGAGAAUCAUUGCUGAUCUUUUAAUCAGCUGCUGUAAAGCAGGCAUGCCCAGACAUGCUCAUGCCUUCAAUGUCCACACACGCCCAGCCAAGGAAACUAACCCACAAAUGCUUGACUUGCAAUAAAGAGUUUGGGUAUAAGGUGCUACAGGAUUUGUUGCAUUUACACAGAGGGCUAAGCCAUGGGUUACUUAACCAUGGUUGAUGGCAUAAACUACAACUGGCUGGAUUUACAUAAUGCACCAAGCAAGCCAGAUCAUGUCUGACUGAUAAAAGCCAAAUCAGUGUUUAGGGCCGGGUCCCAGAACAUGCUAAGCCUGAGGUGUGCAGUUUUGGGAGGCUGAAUCCUGCAACUGGCCUUUGAAUGAGGUAUGGGGGCCUCACUCCCAAAACUCUUGGUGGUCACUGGAGAUGACACUCAAGAUCUUGAGAUGCGGGCAAAUGAAGCUCUGGGGUCCAAGUUUAUCCAUUCUGGUCUAAGCUAGAAAAUUUGCCUGGUUUUAACUCAGAAUCAAGUUUCAGGUUAGUGCUUUUCAGGUGUGGUUUAUUUAGUGAAUCAUGAUUAAGCAACCUGUGGUUAACUGAGAUGUGUGAGCCUGUUUAUUAUCUUAACUUACUUUUUCCAUUGUUUAAACCCAUGAUCAUAGGAUUUUAAUUUUCUGCAUCCUGUCCUUCUCCAACCCCAAUGAAAGAGUCCAGUACUGAUUUAUUUUAACCAUAGUUUGUUGAACAAGCUAUAAUGCCCUGAUUCCUACCAAACAAAUCACAUUAUGGCCUAAUGCGCUACAAGAACCUAUAAUUGAACCGGCUAUUAUUUUUUUAUUCUAAUCAAAAGUUUUUCAGCCCAUUGCAGAACCUUGGCCUCCCUCUUCCAAUGUCUAUUUUUAAUUUUAUUCUUCAGUAGCGCACCCCCUGCUUCAGAUUGCCCCUUUCCUUCAGGAAUUUCUUUAAAAUUGCAAUUAUGGAUGCCACAAAAUGGGAAAUUUGCUUUGAACCCACAACAAGAACAUGGUUGGUCAAAAGUUCAGGUUUUUGACAUCCACCAAACAAAAUCUAGGGCUUUUUGGCAGUGUUGGGUCUGGACUAAAACACAUCCAGAGAGGUCUUGUGGGGAGAGAUGUGCCUCCUCCUCUCUCACUUCCUAACAGAACAGGGAACAAGUUGCUCAUUCCCGACUGCAGUCAGCUUUACACAAAGUUCUCUGAAAGUGUUUCCCAUUGGAAAACAGAUGAAGAAUUGCACUCUUGUCCAAAUUCCUGUGCAACAGUGUGAACAGUGUAACCUAGUUGUCAAAUGGUAUGGGCAGUUAUGGCAGGCCAAGAGACAAGGCCAGGUUGCAGGUCUCUCUCUCAGUGGCUGCUGGUUGUUAGAAGCCAAAGACAGGGAAGAGUAACUUCAGUGCCAUAUUCUGUAGUCACAUCUUCCUGCAGUUCAGAGGGGUCCAAAAAGUCAAGAUGGCGGCUGUAAUGGAGUGAUCAAAGCACCACUGUUUUUUAUGUGCAUCGCACCCAUGAACAAUAGGCAGAGAUUUGAUCGCACCAUCGUAGUUGGCAUCUUGAAUUUUCUGAACUACACCCUGUGGACGUUCCUGCUGCAGCGCAAGGCUCUUAGUUCAACUGACAAAAAAUAAAUAAAUAAAUACC